GCUCGCUGCGAAGGACAUGGGAUGGAGGAGAAGAGCGAAGAGGAGAUGCGGCGUUUGUUGUUGGUCGGCUGCAGGCGUCAAGGGUGACCCCCAGAUCGGGACGUCUGGCGCCUUUUUUUUGCGACGUGAGCUUGCUCCCCAUCCGCCACCAUGUCGGACUCGACGGACGCCUCGACGCUCUACCCUGGCUACAGUUGGGUCGAAGAUUUUGCGGAGGACGACGACGAGUACGAGCGAGACGAGAACGGAGACGUCAUCGAGGAGGUCGAGUACGUCACGGUCGACCUCGGCGUCGUCGAGCCGACGCUCGUACCGAGCUCGUCCGCGUACCGUCUCAUCGUGGGUACUCCGAGGGCUUCAAAGGACGAGGGGGCAACCUGACAACGCUGCAUCUACCACCAGGGUUUGGACACCCCCCACCCAUAUCUGCAGCUGUCCGGCACGGUCUUCAAGGGGAAGCACCAGACCCUGCUGGGCACAGAGCUGCUCUUCACAGACACGCCAGGUGAGCCGUGCCUCCCGCCGCACUUCCCCCCUUCUCCACAGACCGCACGCUCACGCGCGCAGAUGACACACAGGGCCGCACGAGCCGCACGCUCGUGCACGUCGCGAACACGGAGAAGCGCAUCGCGUUCAGGGAGGUGGAGCUCCGGGAGAAGGACCCCCGCGGUGCGCAGCAGCAACAGCAGCCCGGGGCGUCUGCACCUGCUGCGGGCAAGCGGCGCAGGCCGCGCACCGUAGAGCAGGUCGUCGGAAACGAUGUGCUCGUGGAGGAGCAGCAGCCCGUGCGGGGGCGCGGGGGCAGGCGUCCCCGUGGCGGCGGCGGCGGCCGGAAGGGGAAGGGGAAGGAACGCGCACGCGACGGCGCUGCUGCAGAUGAGGCGGCGGCACCGGGACAAGACAUGCAGGGUGCUCCCGCGGAUACGUCAGAGGGAUGAUCGUUGCCGGUGAGCCAACAUGACUUGGCUCAUUUGUCAGAGGGAUGAUCGUCGCCGGUGAGCCACACAGCUUGGGUUCAUUUGGCGUAGGGUUGACGGUUUGUCGAGGACCCCGGGUUGGCAGUAGGCUUUCAGAGUUUCAUGUCGCGCUGCGCGCAUACAGCGGACUUUGUUGGCGGCAUUUGCGGCGGACACCGCCGGGCUUGUGCGAUGUUGACCCUUGUGAUUUUGCCAUUGCGACGGGCUUGUGCGUGCUACGCAUAGGCACGCCGUUUCAAUAAGGACGUCUCGGCGAUAGUCACAGGUGCUGCCACCUCGUGCAAGAUAACUUGGUGAGUCACCACUGAAUGCGACGGAGGGCAGCUUGCUAACGACAUCGCGAUAGGUGGCUGCCGCACCCGUACGCGGCGUGGAGUGCCCACCGCUCAUUCAGUCCGCGGCGUUUGAGCAGUGUUUCCGGAUUUUCCCUGUAGAUCGUCGGCAUUCGUUCGAGCCUCAAGUCUGUUUUUCGGCCCCACUUUUCGCGUUCAAGUAAGAUUCCAGCUCCAGGAGAACCCCGCCGGUUUCAUAAAAUGUGGGAGACUGUGGAAAUAUGCAUGCCUUCGGGGCCUUCGCGGACGCCGCUGCA